AUGACAUUCACUUCUGAUAAAUUAGCAAAAGCUUUUAAUUGCAAAGGAAAAGUGCAAGUUGAACAACUCUGUAAUAACUGGAGUUUUAAUAAGACCAUCAGAAUUAAUAGACCAAUAACAGAGUUUGGACUGCUGGAUGCUAUAAAACCGUUAUCAUUAAAUGAACCAGCGGCUGAUGAUGUGCCUUCUACGCUUAAUUUAGACGAACAAGGAAAACAAAAAGACGAUUCAGAUCACAGUUUUCUAGACGAUAUGAAUUCAGACGAGUUAGAUGAAUUGGAAAGAAGUUGUAUGGAAAUUUAUACGUUGCACAAGAAUGUUGAAUCAGUAAUCGAAGAAGUUGUUAAUGACGUUGAUGCAACGAACGAUAUUGUAAACGAAUCGGACUAA